ACAUUGCAGAAAAUGAGUGAAUUUUGGCUGAUCUCAGCCCCUGGUGAGCCAAAUGCAAGCCAGACAUUUGAGCGUCUGUGCCAGGCAACAACAAAUCUGUCACAAAACAACAAGUUCAACAUUCCAGACCUAAAGGUUGGAACACUCGAUGUCCUUGUUGGCCUCUCAGACGAUCUUGGAAAACUGGACAACUAUGUCGAAAGUAUGGCACAUAAGAUUGCGCAUUAUCUUGGUGAAGUACUUGAAAACCAGAAAGAUAAACUUGCUGAAAAUCUUACAGCCAAUGGCGUUGAGUUGCCAUCGUACAUCCAGCGGUUCCAGUGGGAUAUGGCCAAGUACCCAAUCAAACAACCACUAAAGAACAUUACUGAAAUUAUAAGCAAGCAAGUGAGUGCAAUAGAUGCUGAUUUAAAGACUAAGUCAAGCGCAUACAACAGUCUGAAGGGUAACUUGCAGUCCUUAGAGAGAAAAUCAGUAGGGAGUCUAUUAACCAGAAAUCUAGGAGAUCUUGUGAAGAAAGAGGACUUCAUUACAAAUUCAGAAUAUCUGACAACAAUACUAGUUGUAGUUCAAAAUGCUGCUGUCAACGAUUGGAAUUCUAAAUAUGAAGGCCUAGCUGAUAUGGUAGUUCCAAGGUCAUCCAAUAAAAUAUACGAAGAUAAUGAACACUCGCUAUUCACAGUAACGCUGUUCAAGAAAGUUGUCGAGGAGUACAAACUACAUGCCAGAGAAAACAGAUUCACAGUGAGAGACUUUACAUACAAUGAGGCUGAAUUAACAGCGGGGAAAAAUGAACUCAAUAAAUUAGCAGCUGACAAGAAAAGACAGUUUGGACCCUUAGUUCGCUGGUUAAAAAUCAACUUUAGUGAGGUGUUUAUGGCGUGGAUUCAUGUAAAGGCAUUAAGGGUAUUCGUAGAGUCAGUCCUAAGGUAUGGACUUCCAGUCAACUUUCAAGGAAUGCUGGUUCAACCAUACAAAAAGGCACAAAGAAAAUUGAGAGAGGUGCUUCAACAGAAAUACAGUCACCUUGACGGAAGCAGUGUAGGAAUGUCAGAGACUGUUCUAGAUAUCCCAGGCUUAGCUAUAGGCCAACAGCAAUACUACCCCUACGUAUAUUAUCCAAUUCAAGUCAACUUCUGGGAUAGGACGUGAAGUGAUCAUCAACAUAGAUAUGCAAUAAUAGGUUACUUUCAAAUUGGGGAAGGAUGGAUUAAUAUUAAGAAUUAGUAUUUGUAUGGACCAGGGUGGUGCAUAUUAUAGUAUGUAAUAGAGUUGUUAAUAGAUACAUGGAAUAAAAUGUACUGGAGCCCCAUUCAAUAUAUAUUUGUGAAGUAUACAUUUAUAUGUGUUGUACAGUAAUUUAGAAUAUGGCUUUACAUGCUGUUUGUACAGUAUUCAUUUUUUGUAUUUGCCAUACAAUUACAUACUUAAUAUUUAUACCCUAAAAAAAUUUGACUGAACCCCAGUAAGCCACCAUAAAGUACAAUCUAGAAUAGUGACCCACUACUUUAACAAUGUCUAGUGGGUUUACUAAUCAAUGCCAAAAUUGUAUACUCAAGGAUAGAACUACAAAUUUAUAUAUAAGCAACAUUUUUGUGUUUAUAGCUGUUUUAAUUUGUCUUCUAAAAUGAAAUAAUAGUUAUUUGUGUGAAAUGUCAACACAUGAAUGCCUAAUUUAAAAAAUGGAAUAAAAAAAGUUAUAUUCAAAUUAGUAUGAGAGUGCCAUUUCGGGCUAUCUAGAUGUUCAAUAACCAUAUAAUGUUGUACCUCAAUCCCAAAUUAGAUGGUACCUAUACCCUCAAUUUGUAAUAGUCCAUCCCUGUGCCCCACCUAUUUCAAAUUGAUGGGUCCGCCAUUGUGUAUGUAUGUAACACAGUUCUCUAUUAUAACUACCUAAAAAAGGAAAAGUAACCCAGGGUUUUUCGAUCAUUAAGUUUUACAGUAUAUGCCACACAAUAUAAAAUACAAUGCCAGGAAACCAUGACAUACACGAGUGCCAUUAGAGAAUUGACAAUAUGUGACUGGCUCUGGCCAAACCCUACAUUUCAUUUAAUUUGUUUUUGCCUUGUUCAUGUACAAAAUAUAAUAAAAUUUACGAAAAGGUAAUCCAUGUUUCCCCAAGAGCCGGCAGGAUUGCCAAAAAGUAAAAUAAAUUACUGAGCUAUGGGGGGAAACAUGGACUAGCAAGAUAAUAAGAAAUAUCAAAAUUUUAAAAAUAAUACAAGAUACACAUUUACAUCUCAAAAUUUAAGUUAACAUAAAAAUUCAUAAGCAUAUGUUGGUAAAAGUCAAAAUUGAGUUUUCAGUAUUUUUAAUAUUUUAUGUAUUAAAAUUUUUAAAAAUUUUUAUUUAAUAAGAAUUGGUUGAGAAUUAGCAAAGUUAUAAAUACUUAAUUUAUUGGAUAUAAGCCUAUAGGUUAAAUAUUGUAAUAUUUAAAAUGAUUUUAAUAUAACUUUCAGUUACAUUUAGCGGUUGAUGUUUAAAAGGAAACCUGAAGUUGGAGAUGAUGAUUCUCGAUUGUCUUUGCUACUACCGCAUAAUUUGAAAUGCUGUCUAAAUGUAUGGUUUUGCGUGAGCCAGACACAUAUGUAUAUGUAUAUUAUAAAUUGUGGUUCAUGAAAAAGAUAUGUGCGUGUAUAUUUUGUGUACCCAAUACAUGCAAGUAACUUACUUACCUAUGUUUGACAUGUUUAUGAGAAGAGCCUACAUGUUAUUCUCAAAAAUGAUAGAAUUUACAACUCCCAAGUUAAUGAUCAUUAGACUACAAAAAAGGAAAUAUCCUGCCGCAUUAUUUGAAAAAUUUCUUUGUUAGAUACCGAGUUUACAGUUUGGAUGAAAAUUUUAUGAAUAUUUUUAUGGUGCAUAGAGUCUGUAUGAGGACUUACCAAGUUUAAAAUUAAUUUUGGAAUUUAAUAUAUGGUAAUCAUUUUAUUUUAUAUUGUAUAAUUAAUAUAUUAUAUAGUAGAAAUUUUACUGUUAUUUGUGGAAUCUCUAAGCCAGGCAUGUAUUAACAGAUUUUGUUUGAUGAGUUAGAGAAUUUAUAAGACUAUUAAAAUUUUGAUGGUGAUAUACGGUAUUGUUGGGUGUAUAUACUGCAAAAAAAAGAACAAGAAAAAAACACAAAUUUAUUAUCUGUAUGUUUAAUUGGGUAUGGUUUUAGCUAUUAAUAGGUGAUCAUAAUCAAAUACAAAAAUAAUUUGUAAAAUCAUGGUUUAAGCAGUUACUGUAUAUGAAGUGGCAUAUUGUGUUGUAUUUUCACCUCAAUUGUACUCAGCUCAGAUUAGGAAUAGAACUGUUACCUUAUAACAUUCCAUACACAUUUGGUGGGAGGAAAUGUAGUAGUAUUAUUAAUGUUUGCAUUUCUAGUCUCUUGUUCUUGCACUAUUGCUAUUGAUCCGGAACUUAUGCUCAACAAAUGAUAUGGUUACUAAUAAAAUUGUAUGUUGCUCAACAAAUGAUAUGGUUACUAAUAAAAUUGUAUGUUGAUAUCGA